AAUAAUAAAGGAAUAAGAGAUAAUGUUACUUAUAAAAUUUCCAUUACGUUUAAGAAACGUGAAGUAAUUCAGAUUUAUUCUAUUUAUUUUUUUUCACAUCAUUUAAAUCCCGGAAAUCAUAUCAUAUAGCAAAUAAGGUUGCGUUGAAAACCCUAGCCUAUUUUCGCACACGACCAAUUUUAGUUCAACUUGCUUUUUGACAGUUGUAGACGUCGCAACUAUCGCAAUCUGGCAAUUUUCUAUGAUUUCACGUGGUUCAAUUUAUAACCUUAAAUUUUUAUAAAUUGUAAUUUUUAUUAGAAAAUAAAAUAUUAUAUUAGAUAAUUUUUCUAUAAAAACCAACGAUGGUGAAAGAUACUAGAAGAGAUCGAAAUAAAUUGUCAUGGGUUUAUAGACAUAAAAAGAAACAAGGAACGAUUAAAAAACCGAAUAAUAAAAUAUGUGAUGAUCAAAAAACUAGGAUCAUUGUCAAAAAUCUUUCAUUUCAGGCAACAGAAGAAGAUGUAAGGCAAUUAUAUGAACCUUUUGGAAAAAUAGAAAAGAUAGAUAUACCAAAAAGAGCUGAUGGAAAAAUAGUAGGGUGUGCUUUCAUUCAAUUUGAAAAAUUUGAAGAUGCAUCCAAAGCUAUUUUCAAAACUAAUAAGCAGGAAUUUUUAGGAAGACCUAUCACCAGUGCAUGGGCUAUUUCUAAAUUAAAAUAUACACAAAAACUUCAAGAUACUAAAGAUAGCCUUAAUAACAAUAACGAAUCUAAAGACAUAGACAGUCAGAAUGGAGAAAACAAUUCAGUCAUAGAUGAUAAUACUCACAUUGAAGACGAUCAGUCGUCUGAAAAACUAAAAAAGUUGAAAACAAAAUUAAAUCCUGAAGAAAAGAAAGCUUUGAAGCUUAAGAAAAAAUUUAAACGAGCGCGAAUCGUUGUUAGAAAUCUAUCGUUCCAGGCUACAGAACAGAACAUCAGAGAUCAUUUUAGUCAGUAUGGUAAUAUAGCAGAAAUAAAAAUGUUAAAAAAAGAUGGAAAACUUACAGGAUGUGCAUUUAUACAAUUUGAUGAUGUGCAAAGUGCAGCUAAAGCUAUUCAUCAUUCUAACAUGAAAGUCAUUUGUAAUAGGCCAAUUGUCGUUGAUCCGGCAGUGCCAAAAAACAAAUUUAUACAAAAUACCGAGUCGAUCGAAAUAAAAAAAGAACCUGAAGACCCUACAGAAAUUACAAUAAAAGAAGAAAAAGAAGAUGAGAUUGAUGAGGGUUUUAACAAUGAAGAAGUUGGAGAAAAUGGUUGUGUAAGUGAUGUAGCUAAUGACAGCAGUGAGGAUGAUAAAGAAAAUAGCAGUGACAGUGACGAAGAAAAUAGCAGUGAUAAUGAUGGGGAGAAUGAUAGUGAUAAUGAUUCUGAAAAUAAAGAUGAUGUGAAGGACAUCAAAUUAAUUAAACACGAAAAUAAUCAAGAGAUCAAGGAAGAAAAACGACCUCGAGUAAUUUCCCAUGAUGUACGAGAAGGAAAAACCAUUUUUUUGAAGAACGUUCCAUUCUCAGCGAAAAAUGAUGAUAUUAAAGUAUGCAUGGAGCAAUUCGGACCUGUACAUUAUGCUUUAGUUUGUAUGGAUCCACUUACAGAACAUUCAAAAGGUACAGCAUUUGUUAAAUUCAGAAAUAUUGAAGAUGCAGAAAAGUGUUUAACUGCUGAAUCAAGUUUACUUCGUUUACAAGAUCAAAUCCUAGAGCCUCAUCGGGCUUUAGAUAAAAAUGAAGUUUCCAAUAAAAACCAAUCAUCCAACAAUAGAAUCAAAGACUCGAGAAAUUUAUAUCUUGUCAAAGAAGGUGUGAUUGUUGCUGGAACACCAGCUGCUGUUGGUGUAUCUGCAACUGAUAUGAAAAAACGAUUACAAUUAGAACAAUGGAAAUCACAAAUGUUGAAAAAUUUAAACAUGUUUGUUUCAAGAAUUCGAUUAGUUGUUCAUAAUUUACCGGAAAAUGUUGAUGAUGCAAUGUUGAGAAAAAUUUUUAAAAAAUAUUCUGGUCCGAAAGCAAUUAUUCAAGAGGCACGAGUAAUGAGGGAUAUGAAAAGAAUUGAUUCUAGAGGAUUUGGAGUGUCGAAAGGACAUGGGUUUGUUAGUUUUACUACUCAUGAAGAUGCUUUAAAAGCUCUAAGAAAUAUUAAUAAUAAUCCUAAAAUAUUUUCUAAAGCUAUGAGACCCAUUGUUGCAUUUUCAAUUGAGAAUAAGGUGAUAGUUAAUGUUAAAAAGAGAAGAAUUGAAAAAAGUCGAGAAAGAAAUCCUUUAUGGAGAAAAAAAUAUGGUCUAGAUGACAUGAAUGAUUCAAAAAAAUCUAUAGAAUCAGCACCAAAGCGUAUGAAAAAUAAUCCAGAUAACACUAAUAAAGAUGAUACUCAAAUUCCUCAGUUCUCUGGGCUAACAAGUAAACCUGGAAAAUCUGGAAAAUUACGAUCGACAUACAAAUUAAAAACGCAAGCCGUUUUACAUAACAAAAUACGCAAGAACGAAAGGCGGGUAGAGAAAAAUAUGAAAAUAAAUAAAGCAGAAAAGAAAAAUCGGAGUAAUUCUGAAAAAGUGAUAAAGCCCAAACGAAAAAAUAAUAAAAUUAACAAAGAUGAUGUCAACUUUAACAAUCUAGUUGAUAAGUAUAAAAAUAAACUGAAAGUAACACCCAGUAAAUCAAAGUGGUAUGAAACUUAAUAAAAAAAAUUAGAACCCCAUUUUAAUAAUAAUUUGUAAUAUAUAUUCGAAUAAUAAAUUAUAUCAUGUUGCAUAAACUGAUAAAGUAUAAAAA